AUGCAUGAGCCUGGUUUGGAAGAUCCGGCACAAUCCCGGCUUCUGCUCCAAAUUUUGGUGAGCAAGUCAAAGAACUGGCGGCUGCCUGCAGGUGUAUACAAGCUGUUGGUCUUUAUCGCCCCUGCUUUGGUCGCAGGGUACUGGCUUCAUGCUUUCAUGUCUUCGAAAACGAGCCGACGUCAAAAGCGAAUUGGGAUGUGCCCCAGCAUGCUGUUUGCCCUGGGCGCCACGCUCUUGUUGGAUUUUUUUUGCACUGACCAAUAUCAACCGAGCAUGCCCGACAUGGCGGAUGAUUUUCAGGUUUCCAAGGUUCAUUUGGGGGCCACGAUCCAAGUCCACCUGUUUACCAGUGCCAUUUUCAUGUUGAUCUUUGGACCAUUGUCCGACAGCAUUGGCCGCCGGCCUGUGAUUCUGGCAUGUCAGGCGCUUUUGGCCACCAGCACUCUGUGCUGUGGCUGUGCUGAGACGUAUCCCUGGUUCAUAGUCGGGCGAAUUUUCCAGGGGAUGGCAGCGGCUGCGACACCCGUGGUACUGUCAACAGUACCGGACUGCUACGCGGACAUGGCAGAGCGACUGCGUUACCAGGGCUCCAUGGCAGUUCUGAUGCAGCUCGGCCCACUGACAGCUCCUGCUGCUGGGGGCUUCUUAGCAGACGCCUUCGGCUGGCGCUGCCCCUUCUACCUGCUCAGCGGCCUCUCCUGCUGCCUUCUUCUUUUCAGCUCCGUGGUUGUGGAGGAAAGCGCUCCUCCGACUGUGGAUGUGAACUAUGGGGCUUGCGCCCGGCGUACGCUCCUGCACCGUUGCCGCUGCUUGAUCCUCAUAGCUUGCCUCUUCAUCAAGAGCUUCUUCGAUGGGAUGGCAGCCAGCAACGGGAUCAUGCUGCGGAGGGAUCUGCACCUCUCGCUGCGCCAGACGUCCAUUUGCAUCACGCUAAUAGCAGCCUCCGGCAUGCUGGGUUCCUACAUUCCGUCCUGGCUGCCCUGGGGCCCGAGAAGCUGCCUUGUGGCUUCCAUGGGGCCCUUGCUCCUCUCCGCAGCAUGCCUGGCUUUUUCCGCGUCCAGGAGCAACAGCCUGGGCUGGUACAUGGCAGCCACCUGUUUCGCUGAGUUGGUGAUCUGGACUCCCUACGUUUGCUCCUUGUGCCAGUUUACAGAGGGCAUUGAGGAGAUUGCCGGUUCAGCCUCAUCUUUGCUAACAGCACUGUCUUUCCUGGGGAGCUCUCUGGCGUCACUUGUGGUGGUCGUCUUGGCGCAGGGAGGCGUCUUCAACUUUCUCUUGUCGCUCGCCGUGACGUUGCUGCUUGUUGCCCUGAGUAUCUGGCUUGGGCCUUUGCGCUGCGCCAUCUCCUUGCGGGCUGACGUUGACGCCGUCAAG